GAAAAAAACUAGUUCCUCUACGCCGACUACAUCGUACACUCAAAAAGAUUGGUACCACAAGAACUGAUUUACACAGACUCUGCUACGUGUACAACUAUUUUACCCUUUAGUACACAGUAAAAAUAUACACGUACACACACCAGAUUAAAUUAUUUAGCGAGAAAAAAAAUCCUGAAAAGAAAAUGAGAUAUUUUUUAGUGAGCUUUGUAUAUAAAGCCCCUUAAACCCUACUCCUUGGCUUCAUUCUACAUUUCCUCUGCCUCUUUCUCAGAUCACAAAACCCUAAUUUCGAAUCUUUAUUCUUCAGAAUGGCUUUCUGUAACAAACUCGGUGGUCUAUUGAGACAGAACAUUUCUUCUAACGGAAAUGUUCCGGUUACGUCUAUGCUCGGAUCUCUCCGGUUGAUGUCUACCAAGCUUUUCAUCGGAGGUCUCUCAUGGGGAACCGAUGACGCAUCCUUAAGGGAUGCUUUUGCUCACUUCGGUGACGUUGUUGAUGCUAAAGUUAUCGUUGAUAGAGAGACAGGAAGAUCAAGGGGGUUUGGAUUUGUCAACUUCAAUGAUGAGGGUGCUGCAACUGCUGCCAUAUCAGAGAUGGACGGAAAGGAACUGAAUGGUCGUCACAUCCGAGUGAAUCCUGCUAAUGAUAGACCAAGUGCUCCACGGGCUUAUGGAGGUGGUGGUGGAUACAGUGGUGGAGGUGGAGGCUACGGAGGAGGUGGUGGUGGGUACGGAGGAGGAGGUGGUGGCUAUGGAGGAGGUGGUGAUGGUGGUGGUGGUUUCUAAACAGAGGAGGUGCUUGUGAAGAAGAAGAGUUAAUGGUUCUGUUUAGUUGGUUUCUUCUAUUGAAUCUUAUGUUAGUACAAAACCUGAAUGGGAUUUGCUGAAAACUCUUUACUCUUUUUUUGGUUACCAAUCAAUUCGGUUUAAUAUUUUAUUGCCCCCAUUAGGUGCAUUCUAAUACGUCUUACCAUUUCUUUCAUUCACUUGUGCUUAUAUACCAUUUCACUCCUGUCCUAUACAUAACUUCGAUUCAAGUUUCAUCUUUUGUGUCGUGAUUCACGUUUAAACCAUUUGAGGUGGAAAACUUUUAUACAAAGUCAAAGCCGAUACACAUCAUGAAAGCAGAGAGCGACAACAUUUGAUUCGCUAUUAAUGAUUCUAUAAUUCCACAUGAUUUAUUCGCUAUAUUAAAAU